AUGCAAAGCAAAGCCACUUCAAGCGUUAACUCGCGGGAUCAGGGCCCCAUCACCACUGGGCCCCUUGCUCUCUUCAUCCGCAAUCAGUUCCGCACCACCAUCCCACUCCCUACGAAGCAGACGUACCCCGAUGUUGUCGGCAAAGUGGCUCUCGUCACGGGGGCCAACUCGGGCAUCGGCCUCGAGGCUUGCCGGCAGCUUGUGUCUCUGGGUCUGUCGCACCUGAUCAUGGCUGUGCGGUCCCUUGAGAAGGGGCACGCAGCUGCCAAGCAGGUCGAGCUCUUGGUGCCAAGUGGCCAUACCACCAAGAUCGACGUCUGGCAGCUGGACAUGGACUCCUACGAGUCUAUCCUAGGAUUUGUCCAGUGCUGCAGCUCAGAGCUCGCCCGUCUGGACAUAGCCAUCCUCAACGCUGGCCUGUCUUCCCAAAAGUUCUCGAUACUCGCCACCACGGGCCACGAGCCCACAGUCCAGGUCAACCACAUCAGCACGAGUCUCCUCGCAAUCCUCCUUCUUCCCGUGCUCCGGGACAAGUCACCGGCGAACACGCCAGGCAGACUCACCAUCACUAGCUCCCUGACGCCACACUUGGCCAACUUCCCCCUCCAGGAUAAGCGGCCGCUGCUCAAAGCCUUUGACCAGCCGGACAACUGGCUCGGCGACCGCUAUGCCCAGUCCAAGCUUCUCAACCAGCUCUUCAUUGCCCGCCUGUCGACGGUUGUAGACGCAAACAAGGUCAUCAUCACGCUGGUCGAGCCGGGCCUGGUAAAAGGCACUGAGCUGUUCAGGCAGGUGCCGGGCCGUGCGAUGCUCAAGGGUGUGCUGAACUUGGUUGGGCGGCCAGUCGACCAAGCCGCAGCGACAUAUCUUGACGCCGUGCUGGCCCAGGGGAAGGAAGCACACGGGUCAUACGUGAUGAACUGCAAAUUGGCGCCGUACUGCCACUGGUACUACGAUGAUGAGGAUGGCACCCUUUACAAGAACGCGAUCUGGGAGGAGACCCUGAAGGAGCUCGAGUUUGCAGGCGUGGAUCAAGUUAUCCAGUCAAUGAAAUAG